CUCUCCCACAGCCUGGGAGUCUGAGGGCAGGGUCUGAGUCUCCUACUUCUCUGGGCUCUGCACGUGCCGGGCACCUAUUCUCCAGGUGUGUCAGAGUAGGUCAGCUGGACUCAGUGACAGACACAGUCAGGCCAAGAGCAUCUUGCUCUCCAAGGCCCAGCCCAGGCACAGGAGGGGAUAAAAGUCUCGUGCCAGAGCCUCAGGGCAGGAACUCAUACACCUUGACUCUUCUCUGUCUGCAGCUGUGUGAUUGUGGGUCUCUGCCAUGUCUCUCUCCCCAUGCCGGGCCCGGAGGGGUUUCAGUGCUCGCUCAGCCUGUUCUGCUCGCUCCAGGGGCCGAGGCAGGGGCGGCUUCAGCAGCAGGAACCUCAAUUCCUCCCGGGGGUGCCGAGGAGGCUCUCUUGAAAGAGCUUGGGGGUCAAGGGGAAGGCUAGGGGUGUGGUUUGGGGAGGACAGUGGUGGGCCUGGGCUUUCCCUGUGCCCUCCGGGGGGCAUCCAGGAAGUGACCAUCAACCAAGAUCUGCUGACCCCACUGAAGAUUGAGAUUGACCCCCAGUUCCAGGUGGUGAGGACUCAGGAGACCCAAGAAAUCAGAACUCUCAACAACCAGUUUGCUUCCUUCAUUGACAAGGUGCGGUUCCUAGAACAGCAGAACAAGGUCCUGGAGACCAAGUGGCACUUGCUACAGCAGCUGGGGGUGAGUGACAGCUCCCAGGGCCUGGAGUCUUUCUUUGAGGCUUACCUGACCCAGCUCAGGAAGCAACUGGAGGAGAUCCAGAGACAACGAGGGGCUCUGGACGCUGAGCUGAAGUCCUGCCAGAACCAGGAGGAGGAGUACAAGGCCAAGUAUGAACAGGAAAGCCACAAGCGCGCUACGGUCGAGAACGACUUUGUGGUCCUCAAAAAGGAUGUCGACGAGGUUUUUCUGAGCAAGAUGGAGUUGGAAAGCAAGCUGGAGGCUCUCAGAGAGUACAUCUGCUUCUUGAGGCGUCUGUAUGAAGAAGAGCUGGGCCAGCUCCAUACCCAGGCCAGUGACAUGUCUGUGGUGCUGUCCAUGGACAACAACUGCUGCCUGGACUUCAGUGACAUCAUCGCUGAGGUCCGUGCCCUGUACAAGGAGAUCGCUCAGACCAGCAAGGCCGAGGCUGAGACGCUGUACCAGACCAAGUACCAGGAACUUCAGGCAUCUGCCCAGCUUCACGGGGACUGCAUGAAGGAAACCAAAGUCCAGAUUUCUCAGCUGCAGCAGGCGAUUCAGAAGUUGCAGAGUCAGAUUGAGAACCUCAGGAAGCAGAAUGCCAGUCUGGAGGGCGCCAUCACCGAUGCUGAGCAGCGUGGGGAGUUGGCCCUCAAGGAUGCUCAGACCAAGCUGGCUGAGCUGGAGGCUGCUCUGAGAACUGCCAAACAGAACAUGGCCCGGCUGCUGCGUGACUACCAGGAGCUGAUGAGCACAAAGCUGGCCCUGGACGUGGAGAUCGCCACCUACCGCAGGCUGCUGGAGGGCGAGGAGUGCAGGAUGUCUGGAGAAUGUACCACCCAGGUCACUGUCUCCAUCGGGGGAGACAGUGCCGUCUUGUCUGGAGGAGCUGGUGAUAGCCUGGUGGGCACAUGUGGACUUGGAGGCAGGAAAGGCAGUUUUGGGCCCAGCUGCUCCAGCGUCGUGACUGGAGGCUCCAACAUCAUCCCGGGCUCUGGGCAAGGCCCCGUUAUGGGAUCUUGCUCUGUGCCCAGCUCUGGCUCCAGCUCCAGCUGCCACACCAUCCUGAUGAAGACAGUUGAGUCAAGUCUCAAGACAUCCAUCACAUACUGAGUGCUGUGGCAGCAACUUGCUCUCCUACCUUCCUGAGUGUUCUCAGCCCUGCCCCCAUCCUCAUCACUCCCAUCCCUGCUUGGCUAGCUAUGUGUUCACUGCCUACCACCUGAGACAGCCCACGGGGGAUACUGCAAAAGUCAAUAAAGUCAUGCCU